GUUGGUGCCGCGGCUGGAGGGGGUGGCGGAGGCCGAGGAGGCUUCGCUGCUCGGGCCCCGGGCGCCGCCAUGGGGGGAGGCCCGCGGCGCUAGCAGAGCCCGGCGGGGAGCAUGGAGAGCCGGGGGGUGACCACGGGGCCCUAUCGGGCCACCAAGCUGUGGAAUGAAGUUACCACCUGUUUUCGAGCAGGAAUGCCUCUAAGGAAACACAGGCAGCACUUUAAAAAGCAUGGCAACUGUUUUACUGCCUGUGAAGCGGUAGAUUGGCUGUAUGAACUAUUAAGAAGUAAUAGCAAUUUUGGUCCUGAAGUUACAAGGCAACAGACUGUUCAGUUGUUAAGAAAAUUCCUCAAGAAUCAUGUAAUUGAAGAUGUUAAAGGAAGAUGGGGAUCAGAAAAUCUUGAUGACAACAGUCAGCUCUUCAGGUUUCCUACAACUUCUCCGCUUAAAAGUGUACCACGCCAUCGUCCAGAAUUGAGAAAAAGCAGUUUAGAAAAUAUUUCUAAAGAGAAAGAAAGUAUCUUUAAGUUACGACAUUUAUCUCGGAGAACUCCUAAAAAGCAUGUCUAUCAGGAAAUUACAGAAAAUGUUAAAAUUGAAACUGGAGAUGAAAAUAAAGAAAACCCGGUAGAGGAAAGGGAAAUAAGCCAAGAAGAUGUCGAAGAAAUGUGGAGACACAUUAUUUUGAUGCACUUACAAACCAUUUUAGGUACGCCAUCUUUAGAAGAAGUCCUGGAUCCAGCGCAAGUAAUACCUCAGUAUAUAACAUAUAACAUGGCCAACACGAGCAAACACGGAGUAGUUGUACUGCAGAACAAAGCUGACGACCUUCCUCACUGGGUACUAUCUGCUAUGAAGUGUCUAGCGAAUUGGCCAAGAAGUAAUGACCUGAGCCAACCAACUUACGUUGGAUUUGAACGAGAUGUAUUCCGAACCAUUGCUGACUAUUUUCUAGAUCUCCCAGAGCCACUACUUACUUUCGAAUAUUAUGAGUUAUUUGUUAAUAUAUUGGUUGUCUGUGGCUACAUCACGGUUCCAAAUAGAACCAGUGGAAGACAUAAAAUCCAAGAUGAUCCACAGUCUUCAAAAGCCCUCCAUGUAAACAGUAUGAACUCUUUCAAAUCGACUGAGUGUCUUCUUCUUAGCCUACUUCAUAAAGAGAAGCAUAAGGAAGAAUCAGAAAUCCCUGAUACUCUUCAUGUAAAUGAGAAGGAAUUGAAAACCCAGUGCACUGAAAAGCUGCCACUUUGUGAUCCGAGCAGCGGAAGAUCCAGGGCUAAUGUCUUCAUUGGAGGAAGUUGUCAGAACCUCAUGGGUUUGAAAAAUGAACCUGUCUUGCCUUUAUCUAAGCUUAAGCCAAGGUACUAUUCUUUGGAAAGAAUUGUAGAUACUUCAGAGCUUGGUAGGACAGAAGGUCUGAGCUUCUUAAAUUCUGCAUCUGAAGAGAGCUCCAAACUGGCUACUUGUUCAGACGGAGAGAGUUCAAAGUCAUCCUGUGCUGCUUUUAAAAGAACUUGUACAGUAACUGUUCAUGACCAGGAGGAAUCAUGCAAUGGGAAAGUCAAGUUGAAACAGCUGUGUCGGUCUCAGAGUCUGCUUUUCAGUAAUCCUAGAAGAAGCAGUUGCCGCAUCAAUCUGCCUGUUGCUGAAAUUACCAUGAGGCCCGAUUGUGUGGGUCACCUUGGACAAAGCACCACAGAUGCGUCUGUCGCCAUGGAGAGUGAGCCUUGGGAUUCCAGAACCACAAGCAGGAAAAGACUCUGCCAGAGUACCUUAGAGCUCUCAGGAGAGUCUUUUCCUUCAGAUUCUUCUGUGCUGACUGUCACACAGAGUUUACUGCAGCCUCAUUUAGAGAGAAUUGCCGUUGAUGCCCUGCAGAUAUGCUGCUUGUUGCUUCCUCCGCCAAACCGGAGAAAGCUCCAGCUUCUCAUGAGGAUGAUUUCUCGGAUGAGUCAGAACGUUGACAUGCCAAAACUUCACGAUGUGGUGGGAACAAGAUCGCUCAUGAUCCAGACGUUUUCCCGAUGCGUGCUGCGCUGCGCUGAGGAAGUCGAUCUCGAUGAGCUGCUCGCUGCACGACUAGUUUCCUUUCUGAUGGAUCAUCAUCAAGAAGUUCUUCAAGUGCCAUCCCACUUGCAGGCCGCCGUGGAGAAGCACCUGGAUGACCUGAGGAAGGGCCACAUUACGUGUCCUGGGGAUGAGCUGAUUGCUGCUUUGCCAACUUACUCCUACUGUAAGCAGAUAAGCACCCAGGAAUUUGAUGAACAGAAAGUUUCUACCUCUCAGGUUGCAAUUGCAGAACUUUUGGAGAAUAUUAUCAAAGAUAAAAGCUUACCUCUAAAAGAAAAAAAGAAAAAAUUAAAGCAGUUUCAGAAGGAAUAUCCCGCCAUCUACCAGAAGAGAUUCCCGACGACAGAAAGUGAAGCUGCGCUGUUUGGUGACAAGCCGACAAUCAAGCAACCGAUGCUAAUUUUAAGAAAGCCAAAGUUCCGCAGCCUUAGGCACUAACCGAUUAUCAGAUGCUGUUAAAUGGAGCCAUAUACUGAAGGACGUAACGUUAAGGCAAUCUGCCUUUCCUGUCUUUUCCCACAAUUGGCGUGUUACAGACAUAGAAAGGUUCCAAAGUAGGCAGUGCUUCCUCUGGAAGAUCACAUAGAACGCCAUAGGUCUCGAUGGAGAACAAGUGAAGAAUGAAGGCACCAUUAGUAACCAGAAGUAUUCUGAGCAUCUCCUGCAAACGACUGGAAAAGCCAUGACCGUGCGUGCUGCAGCUCGACGCACUUGACUCGAGACGAGCUCGGGAUUCUCUGAAAAGAUUUACCCGUGUGUGCUGUGCGGGCGUGUCGCGACACGGAGUUGUAGGUGAUUAGGGUUGCCGGUUAGUCAUUUAGUCCAAGGAUAGCUUGGUGAGGAAUUGUUAUAAACUCCAUUAUUUAUAUAUUCUGCUAUGUUUUGCACUCAUAUAUUUUUCCAUAUUUUUUAUAUAUCUGUAUUUGUUUAAAAGUUGAAAACACAAUAUAACAUUUCACUUGUUUUCUGACACAUUUACUGUAUUUCCAUCUGGUGGUUCAACCAGCUGAGAUGCGUGCUGUGUUAAGGAUACAAAAGAGAUGUCAGCCUUGGCCUGUGUCUCCCACCCCAGGAGUGCAAGGCCCUGACUCCACCUAGUCUUCUCUUCUCCACUCAGACCCAUUUUGGGCCCAGUUUGAGGGGAGCAUCUUUCAUAGGCACAAACCCAGGGCCAGGGUUAGUGCCAACAGAUGUCUUUGUAAAAUCCCAGUAAUCCUUGCCCUGCCUCCUUCACAGAACUGUGGUGAAGAAGGUUCUUUAGAAAGGUUACCUGCCCAAGAAGGAUGAUGCCUUGUUCACCCAGGAGGGUGUCAUGAAUAACAUGGAAAUAUGAGGGUAGGGAGCUGCUUAUACUGAGGACACUCACAAUGUGGCCUUUCAGAAAUCUAUGGGAGAGUUUCCUCUUCCAGUUUACUAAUUUGUUCUCCACCCUAAUAAUUUAACUCUUUCAGUCAAAAAAGGGACUGAGUUGAGAAAUAGGGUACAUUUAGCUUCUCAGUGGAAUUUCAUGGUGCCUUAAUUGUUAAAUGGUAGCAUUCUAUUUAACGUGUUACCACUUUUUAUUAAAAGUUUGGAUAGUUUAAAGAGAGGUGGCUCAGAUAAGUGUAUGUUUCAUUCAGAGAACUUGUCUCUAAAAUUGCUGAACAUACUGAACCCGAUUACAUUUUAAGUAUGUCCAAGUCCUUUGUAUACAAGCAUUUUUGCUGUUUAAAAAUAUGUGAUAAUAUGAUUGUAUUAGAAAUUGAGGUGAAAAUCAUCAUGUGGGUUAUUUUGUAAUGGUUUAAUUUUGUUUAUUUGUAUAUUUAAUUACCUUAAUAAAGAUAUAAGUAGACACAGUAAAAGAUUUAUAAUCAUGAAAUUAAAAGUUUAAAAUGCCUGGUAAAAUAAAAUUUUAAGACAACAUGUUUACAACUGGUAACAACUGCCAAGUAUUUUUGUCAAUUUAAAACCACCAUCGAGGUGUGUACCUGAUUGUGUGUAUUAGAGGUGGAUGGAAAAGUUUGAAAGCUGGACUAUAGCUUCACUGCCUCUGAAGGAAAAUGGCAGCGUGAUGGUGAUGUC